AUGGAUCGAAAGCAUUUCCCAGCGCCAUCUUCAGGUUCGGCAAACCCAUCUCAUUACGGACCUGGUCCGAGUCCAGCCCAGAAGCUUCGAGAAAGACCAAACGAAAGUCCCGCAUCCGAGUAUAGUACUCCCAUCGGCUCUCCAACUGGGCGCGGCUCUCCAAAUAGACCUGCCAACUCUACCCAGCCGUUCUCUCCCCGUGGUCCGCACCCUUCCAGACCGCCUCGCCCGAACGAAGUCAUGCCUAUUCAGGCAGCCAAGGCUCGAAGUUACUUGCCUUCAAGGACUCCCCCUAAGUCCAAUGACGAUCUUGCACAGUAUUGGGAAAGAUCAAGGAAAGUCUCACCAAAGACAACACAUGGUCAAAGUUCAGAUGAAGGAACUUCGUCGGAGGAUGUCUCCACGCCUUCAACAUUCGAACUCCCCAGAUCCAAGAACACAACCCCCCCAUCGGGUGCCCCUCGCAAAACUCAAUUGGUACCGCCUUCUUCAUCUAGACGAGGUGGAGGUGCUCAAUAUCCUCACGGAACAUUAUUCUCUCCCAUUCUAGAAGAGAGCACGGAUUCAAACUCCAAGGCGCGUGCUUCAUAUGCUUCCAGCAAAGUGGUACCUUCUAGCUGGGGUUCACACCCCGACGAUUACAAUUCCGAUAGAAUUCCCAAGAGGACCGAGGAGGAAGAAGGGAUUCGGAAUUCUCCCGCUUCACCAUACUCGACCGUAUCGAUGCAUGAUGACACUACUGGACUUGUCCGACACGCCAGCGCGGGCAAGAAGAUGAAGCCAUCGUUAACGAAGAUCCGAAAUCCAGCUGAGAAUAUUUCGAGUAGAAAGAAGGAAGCCAUUGGCUUGGGCACUAUCUCGGCAGGUGUCGCUGCAGGCGCGCUAGGGUCGAGCCGUGACAAUACUCCUACACCGCCUGGUAGAGACAGUCCCUCACAGGUGACUAGUGGAAAUCGCACAAUCAUAAUAGAAAGUUCUCCAUCCAACUCGCGGUCAUCGUCACGGGAUAGUGGCAAGGGCUCUUCCACACUCGUGGAACCAAUUGGCAGGUCAAGAUCUCCACUUGCUUCGGCAGCUAGUCGAAGUGCUCGCCAGCCCGCCAGUCCAUUGGGUGUCGACAACCGGCCGGUUUCGAAGGGUCCUUCAAUGAGUGAAAAGGUUCCGUCAAACCAUAGACCGCCACAGCUGGACAUGGAAGCAGUCAGAGACUCUAAAGCUCGAGCCAGCAUAACCAGUCUACCCGAUCUGAUCCGGAGAGCAACUCGACUUGCGGCUAACCUGGAUCGUGGGAAGACAGCCAGCAGAACAGGAUUGUUUGACAUGUUCAACGCUGAGAAAAAGCAGCAGCGACGGCGAUCCGGUUCAAUAUCAGAUAUCCUUGCCUCAUUUCCUCCUCCAAGUCGCGGUACUCCAGAUGGAGCACGCAUCGAGUCGAGGUGGCCAUCACCCUUCCCCUCGAAACUCAACCAACGAAUGUCGUACCUGGGCUCACAUGAAUCUGGCAGCGCCCAAACGCCACGGAGCGGUCGGCGCUGCUGCGGCAUGUCCUUGUGUGCCUUCAUCAUUAUUAUGCUCCUUCUCGCGAUCUUAAUAUCGGCAGCGAUUGUGGUGCCGAUUGUGCUCAUUGUUCUUCCUCGCCAGCGGCGGGCUGCCGCGAACGCUACUGGUCCAUCGAGUCUUGAGAAUUGUCCGGCUUCCGUCCCUUGUCAGAAUGGCGGUAUUAGUGUUAUCAGCGGCGAUGCAUGCCGCUGUGUUUGCGUCAAUGGUUUCACUGGUGACCGUUGCAGCACUGUCGCUGGUCCAGGAUGCACAACACCAGAUAUUAUGACCGGAACGGAACAGUACACAAACGCCACAUUGGGCAAUGCGAUACAUCGGCUCCUGAUUGGCGCCAGCACCAACUAUGGUAUCUCCUUGAACAGCACAGUGAUCUUGAGCCUGUUCUCCUCGAACAACUUGUCAUGCACAGGCGAGAACGCUUUAGUCACCUUUGGUAGCCAAAGCAUGAAAGUUCGGGAUAUUGCGCAGAAGGUCGCUGUUGAGACUCUGCUUCCCACCUCUGUUUCCGUCUCGUCAUUGCGACCGACUCCCGCUCCUCAAGCAGAUCUUCCAUCACGGCUCGAGCAGCGUCAGAUUGCGACCGUUAAUGGAAUUGUCUUUGUGAUGACUUCUACCGCGUCAGCGAUACCUAUAUCGUCGUCGACGUCGUCAUCAUCAUCAUCAUUAUCAUCACCUUCAUCUUCCGUAACCUCCGCUUCUACCACCACCACCUCCUCCUCCUCCUCCUUGUCCUCGUCCUCGUCCUCCUCAUCAUCUCCAUCAUCCAGCCAAAGUCCUAGCCCUGAGACAAUUGAUUUUGCUGGUAUAGCUGUGCUCUUCGUCCUUGAGCAAUCUGGCCAGCUCAACACGGCAGUUCAAGUUCAGGAUAAUAUCCAAGACUUCCUACUCAAUCGGGCAAGCCGAAAUGACACUAUGCCUUUAAACUCCGAAGGAGUGGACCUGAGCUUGAAUUUUGCUACCUUUUCGAUUGCACUUGGAAAUGGCACCGAAAUAGGAGGCAAUGGGAACGGUGAUGGUGGUCUUAAGGAUAGCGAAUUGGGAGUCGUCUCUUGA